GACAUGUUCAUUCCAUUUCAUCCCGCACUCUAAUCUUUGCAACCAUCUUCAUCCUCUAUUCUCAUCAACCUCCAAAUCCUUUGGCCUUGCCAUUUUCUCUUUCCUUACUUCUUCUCUUCAAUCCUUACCGGUGUUUUCAGCUCAUUAAUCAAGAUGGCUCUCUCUCCUCAGAUCACCAACCUGAUCAUCAUCCUGGGCAUGAUGCAGGUGUCGAAGCGCGUCCCCUUCGAUGAUCCCUUCGUGCUCAACGUUGUUCGCGCCGUCUACCUCGCCAGCAACGUCAUCAUUGCUGCUCUCUACUUCUACACCCAGCUGAAGAUCAACAAGAAGAAGGACCUCACAACUCUCAAGUAUGUCGAGCCCGCCCCUAUGGGCUCCACUGAGGAGGGCAAGCUCGUGACUACCACCAUCCACGCCUACGAUAACCAGCAGAUCCGCACCGCUUUCCGUGGCCAGGCUAUGGGUAUCGCCAUGAUGGCCUUCAUGCACAUCUACAUGAAGUACACCAACCCUCUCCUCAUCCAGAGCAUCAUCCCCCUCAAGAGCGCCUUCGAGAACAACAUGGUCAAGAUCCACAUCUUUGGCCAGCCUGCCGCCGGUGACCUCAAGCGUCCUUUCAAGCAGCCCCAGGGUUUCAUGAGCGCCAUGCAGGGUGGCCCUGCCCAGAGCGACAAGAAGGCCGUCGAGGCUGCUGAGCGCGCUGGCCGUGGUGGUGCCAAGGAGGAGUAAGCUAGGACUUCUGAAACGAAUUCCAGCUUUAGAGGAUAGCGUGGACCGUAAGCUAGGGUUGUGAUAGACCUUGGUUGUACUAUAAUACAGGUGUCAUGGCUCGCAAAAGUAUUUGCUUGUGGCGAAUGUCAGAUUCAAGGAACUGGGACAUAUUGAGCAAUUUCUUGAAAUGAUAUCUAAUGUAGAAAAUCAUGAAGAUUAUUACGAGGACUUGAGGGUUAUAACCUCAAAAGCCAUGUACAUUUGGUG